AUGGGUGGUAAUUUAUGGCAGCCCAAGAAAGAAAGAUGCCUCUCCUCUCUCUGCAGGACACUCAUGGGACCGUAUGGGAUGGAUCGAACUGUGCACUGCUUUGAAUUCUACGACUGUGCCAAUGGACUGGGAAUUAAGGUGAUCGGUGGCAUCAAGGAGCUCACUGGAGAAGAAUAUGGAGUUUAUGUCAAGAGGAUCCUGCCAGGGGGUGUUGCUUAUGCUGAUGGGCGCCUGCAGCCAGGAGACCAGAUCCUGGAGGUCAAUGGAGAUUCUCUAAUUGGGGUUACCAGCGAGAGGGCUGUGGACAUCCUGAGGACAGCAUCAGCCACCAGCCACAUGCGCCUUCUGAUAGCCCGCGACGACGAUGCCAGGAGGGAGUUCUCAGAGCUGCUGGAGAAGUUUGGCUCCCAGAGCAACACCGGCUCUGCACGGAGCUCACCAGUCCUGCAUGGUGGCAGUCGAUACCUGGAAAGCACAUCCUCAGGCUCCUCCUCGCGCUCCCAGAGCCCGCUGCUGCUGAGCCCAGCCAGCUCCCACGGCCCCUUCAUCGGCAACCCGGCGCAUGCACCCCACGCUCACUACUCCACUGAAUCAGGAAUCCAGAGCAUUUCUAUAGCAAAGUCCUCUGGCUUAGGGCUGACGGUCAGUGGUGGAGCCAACAGGCCUGAUGGUCCCAUGGUUUAUGUCCAAGAACUUACACCAGAUGGUGACUGCUACAAGGACGGUCGGCUCCGACCCGGUGACCAACUCAUUGCUAUCAACAGAGAUUCUUUGGUGGGCAGCACACUGGAAGAGGCCAGAAAAAUUAUUGCAAAAGCCAAAUUCAGACAUGAGGGAAACACAGAAGUGGCCUUUAUUCCUGGAAGGGGACGGUUACAUCCCGGACUGUCAGCUCAUAACAGCAUCCCAUUGCCACCACCGAAGGCUGUGGGAAAUGGGCUGAGCUCCUGCAGACUGAAGGUCCACGUGAGGUCCCCAGAGAGUAGACAUGAAAACCAUUUUCCUGUGCCUUCUUUGUCACCAGAUAUCUGCCCACCAGAGCUCACUGUCUCAGCACCCUGCUCAGCCCCCAGCCUGAGAGCAGCCACGGGCUCCAAACCCAAAGUAGCACUGGAUCCCCACAUUCGCCUCAAGGAUGGCAAGCUGGAGCUGGUUCUGCAGUACCUCGGCCUGGAGGUGACAGAGGAGAAGAAGAGGCAGCUGCGGCAGAGCCUGACCACAGACUCGCAGGGGACGGUGGCCUAUGGAGAUCUCCUCCAAGCACUCAGGGAUGUGAUGCAGGACGAGCUGGAUGAGGCUGGCCUGGACUCCAGCUCUGUGCUCUUCACGCAGCAUGAGGUGGCCAGCCUGCUGGAUACGUCAGCGUUCCACUCCCCGACCCUUGACUCGCUCAGCUGUAAUGGCAAUGAGGAGAUGGAGCAGCUGCAGCUGGAGAUGACCGACCUGCGGCAAGAAGUCCGAAGGCUGAAGUCUCUCCUGAAAGAGGUGGAGAACAGUAAGAAGUCAAUGGAAGAUGAGCUCCAGAGGCUGAACCAGAAAGCCCUGGGCUUCCUUUCGGAGAACCGGACGCUGCACAGCAAGCUGCAGAUGGCCGAGGUGGUGCAGAGACAGGCACACAGUGCAGAGCAGGACUAUGAGGAAGUGAUCCACUUGCUGGAAGCUGAAAUUGCAGAACUGAAGAUGCAGCUGGCAGGGAAGAAAGCAAAACACGCCUCUGAGAUAGAGGAGGACAUCCUGGAGCUGAAAAGACAGCUGUCCCUGGCUGAUGGCCAGUUACGGAAAUCCGAAGUCUCACGGAAGCGCCUGGAGAUCUGCAAUAGGAAACUGCUCCUGUUUGUGCAGAACGUUCACAAGGUCCUGAGCACACCCAGUCACUUACAGGAUGAGAAAAGAGUCAACAGUGAAACAGAAGAGGAUAAAACAAAGGCAGUCUCAGAUACAUCUCUUCCAUCUUCAGAUCUUGUUGACCUUUUGCUAUCAGAAGCUAAAGAGCUGCUAGCACCAAUGCUCUCCAACAAGGAUGCUUCGCCGUGUGACAGGGACCAGUGCCUGCCUGCUGAAGGGCUCCCAAACUACAAGGACCAUCUCCAUCAGAAGACCACGUGGCCUCCUCCUCCAAGCCAGAACAAGGGUGACCAGCUGCAGUCACCGAGCCCAACCAAGGAGCUGCCUGCAAAGCCAACAUAA